AUGGAGUCAGUGUUUCUCAGUCUCUCCCUGAGUCUAGUCUUUAUAGUAGCAGGAUGGGGAAACAAGACUGGAAUGGCCCUGGCAACGUAUCACAGGACCUGCAAACUACUGCACAGAGCUGUGGAUUGCAAUGGGAGAUGGCAAGGCACAGUCCCGGCAGACCUCCCAGCUGACAUAGAGGUGCUUUUCCUGGAUCACAACACUAUACGGACCCUAAAGAAUACCUCUCUGCAGCAAUACCAAAACCUGGAGACACUGAGCCUGCGUGAGAACAGACUGGAACUCAUUGAACCUGGGGCCUUCCUUGGCAGCAGAGACCUCAAAAAUCUCUCCUUGGCAGACAACACCCUCUUUACAAACUACUCUGUGACGGCUGCUGCUCUUCGCUCCUUACCAGCCUUGAGGAAACUGGACCUGUCUGGGAAUCAUCUCACUGAGGACAUGGUGGCUACCAUGCUCUGCAACCUGUCCUCCUUGGAGUCCUUGUCGAUGGCCAGGAACAUCAUAAUGCGCUUGGACUCCUCUGUCUUUGAAAGCCUGAGCCAGCUGCAGGAGCUGAACCUGGAGAAGAACUACAUCUAUGAGAUUGAGGGGGGCACCUUUGAAGGCCUGCAGGGCCUGCAGAUGCUUAAUCUGGCCUACAACUACAUUCCCUGCAUCGUGGAGUUUGGUCUGACCCAGCUCAAGAUGCUUAAUGCCAGCAACAACAUCAUCGAGUGGUUCCUCGCCGUAGAGGGUGAUGCUGUCUUUGAGCUGGAGACGCUAGAUCUCUCCCACAACCGGCUCCUGUUCUUCCCGCUACUACCAAGACAGAGCAAACUGCGCUCCCUGCUGCUGAGGGACAAUGAAAUGAGCUUUUAUCGCAAACUUCCCAAUGCUACGUCCCUCAUGGAUGUCACGGUGCAGUUCCUUCUCAUAGAGGGCAAUACCACUAAUGUCACUACCCUCAGUCUCUGGGAAGAGGUCAGCCUGAGCAAUCUCUCUUCCUUGAGCUUUCUGGAUAUGAGCCAGAACCAGUUCCGGUACCUCCCUGAUGGCUUCCUGGGAAGGAUGACUUCCCUCUCCCAUCUGAAGCUUAACCAGAACUGCUUAGAGACCCUUCACAUCCAGGAGAGAGAACCCCUGGGCAUGCUCACGGACCUUGAUCUCAGCCAGAAUCAGCUCUCAGAACUGCAGGUGGAUCUAGGUUCUGAAGGCACCCUGCCAAACCUUAGAUCGUUUAAUCUGAGUACCAAUAGGUUGCAGAGGGUGCCGCCUAACAUUUUCACCCACACAGAGAUCACUACAGUUGACCUCAGUCACAACCACAUAGACCUCUGUCCCCAGCAAGCUAAUGCAGAUGCGGCUGAAUAUCCCAUCUGCAUAGACUUAAGGAAUGUAACAUCCCUCAGGAAACUUUACUUGGCUGGGUGUGGCCUGGAAAUGGUGGCCAGCAAUACUUUCAGUGGGACACCACUAACACACUUAGAUCUGUCUAACAAUCGGAGAGCACUGGCUAGGGGCCUACAACCUCUAAAAGAUAUUGCACUAAUGCUGCAGGUUUUAUCUCUCAGGAACACUGGCCUCUCUUCCACCAUGGAAGACAUUGACUUCUCUGGCUUUCAGAACUUGGUAAGUUUGGACGUCUCUGAAAACUCCCUGACCAGCUUCCCAGAGUCCUUGAGUGGUCUGAAACUGCAUACCCUGGAUCUCCGGAGAAACCAUCUUCCCUCUCUUCCACAGCACUCAAUGCAGAAGCAACUUGGGAGGAGUCUGAGUGUGCUCUACCUCAGCCACAACCCAUUUGACUGCUGCAAGCUGGAGUGGUGGGACUUCCUUCACAGUCUCAGGACAGUGCGUGUUGUGGACAGGGGGCAGGUCACCUGCAACUACUCCUCUAACAUUAUUAAUACAGUGGGGCUGCCUGAGUCUGUGCUCCAGAGCUGCAGGCGGAUGACAGUGAAUAUGGCUUUGUUGUACCUGGUGCUUACUCUCCCUGCCUGCCUGACCCUGCUAGUUGCCUUUGCUGUCAUCUUCCUUACUUUCAAGCACAAGCUGCUUCAAAUGGUGAAAAACCAGUACAGAGUGUCCAGCCCAUACUGAUCUCUGUGGGCAAAGGAGUAGGCUGUUGGCACACAGAAUGCAGGCAGAGUAGUA